UGCAGGUAACCGAGAUUUUAUGGACAUCAUGGAUAUGCCAAACACAAAUAAAUAUUCCUUUGAUGGAGCGAACCCUGUGUGGCUCGAUCCGUUCUGCAGAAAUCUGGAAUUGGCAGCACAGGCUGAACAUGAAGAUGAUCUACCUGAGAACCUGAGUGAAAUCACAGACCUGUGGAAUAGUCCCACCAGGACCCAUGGAACCUUUGGACGGGGUCCUUCAGCUUCCAAGCCAGAAGAGGAUCACUACCUGAGGGCAGCUAUUCAGGAGUACGAUAACAUUGCAAAGUUGGGCCAGAUCAUGAGAGAAGGGCCUAUCAAGCUGAUCCAGAAUGAUCUGGAUGAGGAGGAGGAGGAACCGAGAAGCCCCAGUCAAGGGAGCCUUCGCUUUCGGCAUCAGCAGCCUGUUGAGCUCAGGGGACCUGAUGGCGUCCAUGUAGUCCAUGGUAGCACAGGCACACUCCUCACCUCGGACCUCAACAGCCUUCCUGAGGAUGACCAGAAAAUACUAGCUCGCUCCUUAGAGACACUGACUGCGGAAGGUGGGCCCUACUGUGACAGAAACGCCCGUACGGAGUCUGCCAAAUCCACCCCCAUGCACAAGAUGAGAGAAGUGAUCAUGGAGAGCCCACUGGAAAUCACGGAGUUAUGACUAGAAGUGGCAUCCCUGGUGUAGCCCUCCAAGGGAUCCUGGGCCUACACAGA